UGGCGUGUUGCCAAGAUGUGGCAAGUGCGCCUCCCUCCACCGCCGCUCGGUUUCGGCCGUAUUUUAAAAAGGCAGGGCGGCCCGCACUCGCUCAGUGUGCUCGCCAAAACUUGUGCAGACGCAGGGAAGAGAUCAAGCGCGCAUCCGCAGAAGGAAAAAAAAAGGCUGCGGGUUCGAGACAGACUUUGCGCACGCGCUGGACUUUACUGGUGCUAUCAUUCAAAACUGGGAAUGUUCUGUAUAGGUAGUGUGUUUUAACGUUGUGCAGAGAGAUCUGCGGAUGCUUUUGAAGCGCAACAUAUACAUAUAUAUAUAUUUAUUUUUUUACCUUUGGAUUUUUUUCCUAACAAAGUUUCCUAUUGUAUUCAAAAAUCCAAUGACCUGAAGCCCAAGGUGCAUCGGAGAGCUGCCUAAGAACCUAAUUGUACGGAGGUUGUGAUCCUAUUUUGGACGAAUAAGUAAUACUCCUGGGCAAAAUGCUCCUCAACUUCUUGCUCUUGACGGUCCCUUUACUGUCGGCUGUGUCCAGAUGCUCGGGCUCGUAUGUGCCUUGCGAGCCAUGCGACCAGAAGACGCUGUCCAUGUGCCCUCCGGAGCCCAAAGGCUGUCAGCUGGUCAAGGAGCCCGGUUGCGGCUGCUGCCUCACCUGCGCGCUCGCUGAGAAUCAGCCUUGCGGCGUCUACACCAGCACGUGCGCGCACGGGCUCCGCUGCCUGCCGCGCGACGGCGAGGAGAAACCACUGCACGCGCUCCUGCACGGCAGAGGACUGUGCACCAACGAGAAGGGCUACAAGGCGUUGCAUCCUCCUGUGGACCGCGAGUCCAAAGAGCAUGACGAGACAAUAAAGACUGACACGACAGAGGAGCAGCUGCCCCAAGGCAAAACGCCCAUUUUCCCUCCUAAGACAGACAUGAUCAACAGCAAGAAGCAGGCUGCCAUGCGCAAGGACAAGAAGAAGCAACAAGAGAAGCUGAGGUCCGUGGGUUCAUCGGACUUCUCAUCAGUCUCAAUCGAUAAGCACGAAACCGAAUUUGGUCCAUGUAGAAGAAAGCUGGACGGGAUUGUAAAGGGGCUGAAAGACACCUCUCGCAUUGUGGCUCUUUCUCUAUAUCUGCCCAACUGUGACAGGAAGGGCUUCUUCAAACGCAAACAGUGUAAGCCUUCACGUGGUCGGAAACGGGGAAUUUGCUGGUGUGUGGACAAAUAUGGGGUGCAGAUGCCAGGGACCGACUACAGUGGCGGGAACAUCCAGUGCAAAGACUUGGAGUCUGGCAACAACAACGAGUGAGGAGGGAUGUGCCAUGAUCACCUAAGCCGAGGCUCGCCUCCUUCUUUCCUUCCCACCUGUCCAACCGCCAGUCACUCUAUGAUUUUGAUCCGAAAAGAAGAGAAAAACACAAGCAAAUUUGAAACAAAUAAUGAUAGACUUUUUUUGACUGAGCGCUCAUCUCUAACUCGGUGUACCCAGUUAAUCGGAGGGCCUCUGCUGUGUUAAACGCUGGGUCCCAGCAAAAGAUUUUUAAAAAUAUAUACAUUCAAUUAUAUAUUUUUAUAGAGGCUGGGGUUUGAGCACCACACUUGUUAAAAUACAGCAAAAAAAAAAGAGCAUAUGGUAUGUUAAUUAUUACCAGCGCUAUCUUGGUCUUUUCCAUCUUUGAAGUUGAGGUGUCAGAGGAGAGAGCUCAAACUCUUAUUAUUGGAAGAACUAUAAAAAUGUUUUGUUUUGUUUGUUUUCCAAAAAAAAGAAAAAAUAAUAAUAAUCUUGUCACAGGGAUAUGCUGGUACAGCUCUCUCUAUAUGGCUAUUUGGUUUUGUCAGAGCACUUAUUGGGAAAACCUUGGAAAUGUGUAACUUCACCAAGUUCAGUGUAUGUGUGUGUGAAUAUGUAUGUCUUUGCAUGUGUGAAUGUAUGUGAAUGUAUGCGCAUGAAAGAGAAAACAGUGGACACCUUUCCUAAAAAAAAUAGAAUGUCCAGUUUUUGUUUGUUUUCCACAACAUGAGUGUGGAAAAACCUCCUUUGCCCCUGAGAGCAUUUAUUGAGUAGGCUCGUUGCUAGUUGUUAGCAUUGUCUCACUGGCCCAUCGUUUGGGAGAAUCAUGGUGUAAGAAUUUAACCAUGCUUGACAUACCUGUCUUAGUGACUCUGUGACUGUGUAGCUUGCCUAAAAUGCCAACUGUGCCUAUGUAACCUGACACAGGCAUGCACAUUUAUCCAGUUGAAUGGAUUGCUGAUGUGCUGGCUGUGUUCUGAGGUCCCAUCAUGUCCAGCAUCUUCACAGAUUUCUUGUUAGACAAUAGAGAAAAAAUGUCCACACCCAAAAUAAAAUAUUAUCUUUCACCCAUUUUGCAGCACAUGUAUAAGCAGAAAUAGUGGGAUACUUGGUGUUAUGGUCUGAGAGAGAUCUCCAUGGCCUGACACUAACUUUCCCAAAAUUUGGGCUCAAAGUAACUUGACUUUGACGGACAUUCACUAAGAACAGUGACUUCUUUCUCAGCCAAUGAGAAGAUUUUGAAAGUUUUCUUUUAAUUUUGUGUUUUGUUUUGUUUUGUUUUCUUCAGUGAAGUAUCAACUGAUCCGCUUAUGAGCCAUUUCCUAGACCAAGUGCUAUCACUGAAACUUGGCGUAGUAUCUCACCAUUUAACUGUAAAUCAAUGAAUGUUUUCUGAGAAACCAAUAUCAGGAAUUGCUGCUUGGAAUACAAGUUGUCUGUUUUUAGCAUGUUUUCAUUCUUACAACCUUUGUUGUGUUUUUUUUUUUUUUUUUUUUUCAUUGUCACAGCCACCCAGUCUUUGUGGGACCUUGGUCAUGUGAAUGAAGGUCUUCCCCAGUCCACCAUCUCACACCUAUUUUUUUUUUCAAGCCACACUUCAUUACUGUGCAUGCUCUUCUCGAAAUGCUGUCUUCGACAUUGCAUAACUGCACCUUUUGCUUUGUAAAAGGGUGCCAUUUAAAAAAAGAAGGCACAUUGAACUACCAUUGUCAUUCACUGCAUUGAGAGUUUUAUGUGAGUCUGUUUUGUGUGUUUUAGUGCCUUUCUACAUACAAAUACAUUUGAAUAGUGACGUGAACGUUACACAGUAGCCAAGGUGAUACAAAUCAUGGGUUAACCAUUAUGUACUGACGAGGGUCCUCGGUCGCUUUCAGAUUUCUAUGUCAAAGAUAUUUCUGUCAUGCCAUGACUAUUUUGAAACACCUUGUAAAAUUGCUAGCUGUGAAAUGGAAGCUAGUGGGGUACACCUAUGUCUCUCAUUGAUUGUUUUUGUUUGUUUCUAAUCUCAGUGAAUAAGCUGAAUUCUGAGACUGCAAGUGUAUGUAAAAGCUUGAGAUAGUAGUUCAAGUCAUUUUCAGUCAAGCUACAUAUGAACAGGGAUACACAGAGACCUUCAUGGUCAGCACAGGUUGGUGAUUCUUUAACAGAAAAACCAGCAAGAAAAGCCAUUCCCUGCCACAGUGGUUCCGCUCAGAUCUUAUUACAGAGCUCAUGUGAUCAUAGUUUCAUGACUGGGAGGGGGCCAGUAAUGCUCGACACAAUGAGACAGAUGAGACGCUACUCCACUAAGCUUGCCUCGAGUGCUGCUUCUGUCUGCUAUUGAUAGCUACACCAUUAGAAAAGACAAAGAACCACAGGUAGACAGAAAGUCCCAAUGCUGUCUCUAUAAUGGAAGAAAUGAGUAUUGACUCUCAAAGUGUGGAGAGAGAGAGUUUGUUAGGGUGAAGGAUACAAACAGAACUUUGCAGGUGUUUCAAAUGAGUAAUUAAGGAGGUGUUGUUCACUGUUAUUGCACAAAUGGCCUCUGAUGAGGAGGCCAGAACAUUUGCCAGCAUAAUCCAGGUCCUGAUUCGUGCUCAGAGCCCCCUCCCGUUUUAGUUUUUCUUUGUUUUUUUUUUUUUUGUUUUUUUAAAAAGCAGCUUGCACUUAUGUAUUUACAAUAUUUCUUUCGCCAUAUGACAGCUUCCUCCUAGCAGUGCUGACUCCAAAGCACAUCUAAGAUCAGGUGUAGGAGAAGUAGGAACAGGUCUCAGACACAGUCCCUGCCUGAGGACUUUUGACAGGGGCUUUAGUGGCCCAAGCCUGACAACCACCUCUUCAUCUGGUGGGGGAAAAAAAUAUGAAAACAUCAAACUACACAGCUAUCAAUCUCAGUCCAAUCUCGACUCAUUUACUUUUACAGUUACCGGACUAUGUGCCACAGUGGCACCCAGGGAGAGGGAGAGAAGGUGAGAGCCCCAGGCCAUGAUCAUGCUCUGGGCCUCACUUCCCCAUCAAGUGGGGCAGAACAAGAACACACCACAGCACACAUCACAGUAGAUACCGUUAGCAAGCUAGGCUAUAGGGGGUCUCGGAAUCUGUGGGGCAGGUGCAAGCAGCCAGUGGUAAAUCAGUGACUGCUCUUCUGGUCUUGGACAUCAAAGACAUAGGAAAUGUUUGCCCAUAGCUUAGAUGUGGUUCAUGACCUAAUCAUGUGCACAGACGUGAUACAGUCAAGUUCCUGUUGGUUUGUUUUGUGUUUUAGUACCAAAUUCUACACGGUGAAUUGCAGAAAUGCUGUUCAGCUAUCAAAAAUCAACCAAAGACUAAAACUUAUUUAUCAUUUCAUCCUGAAAAAACGUUAGACCAGAUUUCAUCAUUGUGAGAAAACACAUCUCUCAUUUGCUGAUAUUCUUUAACAUGUAGUAUGUAAAGUGCUUUGAAAGAAGAACAGUCACAUAAAGCCAACAUAUGCCAUUGUGAGGUCGCUUGGUGCCUUCGUCAGAUUCCGAAUCUUCCAAAUGGUUAGAUGAAUACAUUCACAGAUACAUACAAUAUUACAAAACUCAUGAUACCGUAGUAUUACCGCUUUCUUCUUGAGUCACUAACAGUUUCUUCUUGUUGUUUUACUUUUUUUUUUUUUUGUGGAUGAGAAAAGACUUGAAGAUUGAUCACAUUGACGUGGCCUAACAUGGCAUUUUGAAAAGAAUAAUAGAUAAAUAAAUAAACCACCCAUUUGUGGCAGGAGGACCGUGAAAAAUGUUCAGCAUUUGGAACUCUUAAUGAAAAAAAAAAGAUAAAAAGAACAAAAAAAAUCUCAAAUUAUUAAGAAAGUAAAUAUCACUGUAAUAUUUAUUCAACUUGUAAUUUAUGUACUCUUUUAACCUUUGUCUUUUUUUUGUUAUGACAAAGCAUUUAUUUAAAUAAAGUUAUGUAUUCAUUUAAA